CCUUGUUUGUGAGGUAAGACAUAAAUAAUGCCAAGCAAGUUGAAGAAGGCUAUUGGUGCAGUGAAGGACCAAACAAGCAUUAGCAUUGCAAAGGUUGCAAGCAACAACUCCUCAUCCUCCAACCUUGAAGUCGCCGUCCUCAAGGCCACCACCCACGACGACGACCCCGUGGACACCCGCUACGUCCGCGAGCUCCUCCACCUCGUCUCUGCCGACAAGGCUUACGCGGCGGCCUGUGCGCGUGCCAUCGGCAAGCGCAUUGGCCGCACGCGAAACUGGAUUGUCACCUUAAAGUCUUUGAUCCUGGUUCUCAGGAUUUUCCAGGACGGAGAUCCUUAUUUCCCCAGAGAAGUGCUUCACGCCAUGAAACGUGGGGCCCGGAUCCUGAACUUGUCGGGCUUCCGCGACGCCUCGACCUCGAGCCCGUGGGAUUUUACGGCGUUUGUGAGGACGUUCGCGUUGUACCUUGACGAGCGGUUGGAUUGUUUCCUCACGGGGAAACUCCAGUGGAGAUUCACGCAGAGUUCGUUGGGCCUCCGCGGGCGAAGGCCCGACGAGCCCGUUUGUGAAAUGAAACUUGCCAUGCUGCUCGACAGAAUCGGGCACUGGCAGAGGUUGCUGGAAAGGGCGAUCGCCACCAGGCCGACAGGGCCCGCCAAGGCUAACCGCUUGGUGCAGAUCGCCCUUUACGCGGUGGUAGAAGAGAGUUUCAAUCUCUAUAGAGACAUCACCGACGGGCUCGCCGUUAUCGUGGACGGAUUCUUCCAACUAGAGCAUCAAUCCGGCGUGAUCGCUUUCCAGACGUGCCUGAGAGCCGUCCGGCAAUGGGAGGAGCUCGCUGAAUUUUACGGGAUCUGUAAAAGCUUGGGAAUCGGGAGAACGUCGGAGUAUCCCUGCAUUCAGAGAUUCUCCGAUGAGAUGAUUGAAUCUUUCGAAGAGUAUCUAAGAGAUCGAUCGUCUUCCCCGACGACCCAAAUGUCGUCGUUUCCUCCCCUCCCAAAACAAACCAAUAUCCGCGGUGGCUACACCGGCCAAUCCGAAUUCUCUACCACGACGGACGGGUCGUCGGAAACAGGGUCUGUUGCCACAUCUCUAGAGGAUCUUCUCAGCGCCACGCUAACUACCGCCGGGAAGAAUCCGGCGAUUUCGAUUGACUUGGAGGCUUAUUCCCAAAGAGACGAUAGUAAUUUCAAGCUGAGCGAAUCGGGAUCGACCAAGUCCCUGCCUGCGUCGAAUUCGUACGCCGAUCUUCUGUCGUUGGACGAUUGGAACGAGGAUGGGGAAAACCGAGUUGCGGAAGGCACGGCGGAGGCGGCGCCUGGGACUCCGGCGACAAAUCCCCAGCAGAACGAUGCAACCACCGGAUGGGAGCUCGUGUUAUUUGAAACGCCGCCGCAAGCGGCGGUGCCGACAUCUGGGAAUAAUUUUGAAAGUUUGUUUUGUCCGGUAACGUCGUCAUUGCCGCCUCCUCACCACCACUACUAUAAUCCUUUCCUUCAAGAUGAAAUUCUUCCGGCGACCUCGUUUCUACCCGCACACGGAGCAUUAUUCCAGUCGCCGGACAUGUUUGCCCUGGUUCCGGCGUUCCAAGAAUCGCCGCAUAAAGGCUCAUCAUCAUCAAAUCCGGCGUCGUCUUCAGGCAAGAAUUACCUGAGUUCGCCGGCGCCUACAUUCCGUGCAACGCCGCCCACAUUUUCUGUAAUAAGUCCGAUGGCGACAGAGACCGCGACGAUUAUGCAAAAUGACGAGAAUGACCCUUUCGGGUCAAACUUGAGCCCGAGAAACUUGGUUCAAGAACAACAACUCUGGUUGCAAAAUCAAACAAAAAUCAUAGCGAAGCAUUUAUCAUAAUUAUAGUCUGUAAUAGUGAGUUGUAUAUAUGUACAUUUUUUGGUAAGUAUAAUUACUUUUUCUUUGGCUACUUCGUAAAUUUAACUAUUUAAACUUUAAAGUAUUUAAACGAACUUAAUCUCAAAUAAUUUCAUAUGCCCUGAUUUUUUUUAUUAAUGUUGAACUGAAUUAAAACUAAAUGACAACAAUGUUAUAAAUGUUUGUAAUAUAGGGGUAAUGAAAAUGAACAUUUUUGUCAAAUUCCCACUCAUUAAUGAACAAAUUUGUCAAUU